AUGUCCAAAUCUAUGAUUCACCGUAAGGAGGCUAGAACUAUAUGGCUGGAACUAAAAGACCGCUUCGAUCAAACAAAUUAUGUUGCUCUGUUCCGAAUCGAAGGCAACAUUCACAACUGUGAGCAGGGAAGUCGUUCCGUCACGGCCUACUACACGGACUUGAAAGGGAUGUGGGAUGAGAAAGAUGUCCUAUGUUCUUUCCCUUCCUGCACCUGUGACGCAGCAGCAGAGAUUAACAAAUUCCUUGAGACACAGAAGAAAAUGAAGUUUCUUAUGGGUUUGAAUGAAAGCUUUGAACAAACUCGUGGAAACAUAAUAGGAAUGGAUCCUCUACCAAGUUUGAGUAAGGCGUAUGCCAUUGUACAUCAGCAUGAGAAACAAUCACAGGUUGCGGCAGACAAAGCCACUGCCGUACCAGAAUCUACCGCUUUCACCAUCAAAGUUUUGGGCCGAGAAUCUAAUGUUGUAGAGAGGGAAGCUGCAGACUCCUCCAUCAACUCUGUCAAGAGAGGGAAUCGAAUUCAACGACCUGAAGGAGGAAGUGAUUUUCAUCGAUCAGAAGGGGGAGGCAAGUACUAUGAGAAGUGUGAUAUGACUAACCAUAGUACCAAAUACUGCAGAGCUCACGUCAUAUGUUCCUACUGCAACUUGAAAGGACAUUCACAACCGUAUUGCCGCAAACGGAAGAACGAUAUUGCGAAUGAAAGGUUGCAACAGCCCAAGGCGAACCUUGUUGGAGUACAGGACGCCUCAGAGGGACACAAUGAUGGAUUUCCUCUCACAAAACAAGAAUGUCAACUCUUUCUUAACAAGCUCAUAGCCCAAUCACAAUCAUCUGCUGCAAAUUUGGUCGGUAAUAUACAAAACUAUGAAGAGUUAUCGGGUAAAGUUCACCAAAUUUCACAAAAUAGCACUAAGCCUUUUUGGAUCUUAGAUAGCGGUGCCACUGAUCAUAUUGUUUGUAGUCCUAAACUCCUCUCCUCCUACCAAACGGUUCCUAACCGAAGGGUGAAGUUACCAGAUGGCACUUCAGUUUAG